CAGUGAGUGUAGUCACGCGUACGGAUAUUUUGCUGUUCCGCUCUCAUCCAACUGUUAAUUCUACUCAGUAAAAAAAUAGUUCAAACAUUAUGUUUUCGUAGAUAACAUUUUUCGCGUAAGGUCAAUUCCGGAGAUUAUAUCAAGAAUCAGUUGAAAUACUUAGGUUUAGUGCUCGCCAUUAUUUCACAGUUUUAGUCCAAAUAUAAACAGUAAUAGCCGGAGGCAACAUAAACUGCUAUGAAUGCCUAGCUGUUGAUUACGUUUCAAGUAAGAGAGUGUUUCUUUCGCCAACGAGAGUGAGGUUAUGUUUUAGUGUUUUUUGUUUAUUUUUUCAUAUCUGACAUUUCAAACGAACGCCGCUGCGCAUUGUGUGACAGCUUACUGCUGUUUGACAAACAUCUACAGCAGCAUCGAUUUUCAUUGAGAGUUCCCUGACUGCGCAACCGAGCUGUAAAGUUAUAUCCUGUCAGGUAAAAGGACUAUCAUCUGCGUACGUCGAAAUUGUUAACGCGUUGGUUAAGAUGAACUGAAAAAUUCUGCCCCAGGACUAGAGGAGUAUUAGGCCACCAAAUUGUUGAAGAUGGUGUUUGCGACAGCAAAACAAUCAGGAAGAAUUCCGGCUGAAAUCCAAACGCCAUGAUCCGGAUCAUUCUGAGUGUAGUAUAGGCGAUGAGUGGAAAGUGCAUGAAUGAGAGAAAAAAAUGUCAAAAGUGUUGAUGUCUGUUGUCGAUGGAGUUUCUGUUCAAGUGAUUCCAGUGAAAUAGUUUUGUCCAGCGCUGCAAAGAUUUUAGUUUGUUCCCACAAAUUGGCAGUAUAGCAAGUGAAACGCAGUCAAAAUAAGCCGCAAAGUUGGAGCUAAUAGGAAACAUAGCGGCUUUGGACACCCCGUCAGGAUUAGACACUAGCUCACUAUCUCACACAUACACUAUGCCACAUCAGUACGGCAUUCCGGGCUAUGGCCAAACGCCACCGAGUCCACCUACGCACCACGGAGGAGCACUCAUUCCACGACACGGUGGCGGAGCCGUCAUUCCAGUAUCUGCCAACUCGAAUACCGGUAAUAUGGGACCAUCCGGGACUCCCAUCUUCCGGGGAACAAUCGAAGAGCGACGGUUAACACGGGAAGCAAUGGAAAAGUAUCUGCGGGAUCGCAACAACAUGGUUAUUGUGAUACUGCAUGCAAAGGUAGCCCAAAAGUCCUACGGCAACGAGAAACGUUUCUUCUGUCCACCUCCCUGCAUCUACCUAUUCGGCGAAGGCUGGCGGUUGCGCAAAGAGCAAAUGUUGCGCCGCGGCGAAAGCGAACAGUCCACCCAACUAUGUGCCUUCAUCGGUAUCGGCAGUUCCGACCAGGAACUGCAGCCGCUCGAUCUGAACAACUCGAAGCAGUACUGCGCCGCCAAGACGCUGUUCAUUUCCGACUCGGACAAGCGGAAACACUUCAUGCUGUCAGUGAAAAUGUUCUACAGCAUGGGCCACGACAUCGGUGUGUUUCAGUCCAAGCGGAUCAAGGUGAUAUCCAAACCGUCGAAGAAGAAGCAGUCGUUGAAAAAUGCCGACCUGUGCAUAGCAAGCGGCACGAAGGUGGCACUGUUCAACCGGUUACGGUCACAAACCGUCUCGACGAGGUACUUGCACGUGGAGGAUGGACACUUUCACGCCAGUUCGACGCAGUGGGGUGCGUUCACGAUUCAUCUAUUGGAUGAUAACGAAAGCGAGUCGGAGGAGUUUCAGGUUCGCGACGGGUAUGUGCACUACGGGGCCACAGUCAAGUUGGUCUGUUCCGUGACGGGGAUGGCCUUGCCCCGAUUAGUAAUACGCAAAGUAGACAAACAGAUGGCACUGCUCGAAGCGGACGAUCCAGUGUCACAGCUGCAUAAAUGUGCAUUCCAUAUGAAAGACACCGAGCGGAUGUACUUGUGUUUAUCACAGGAGAAAAUCAUUCAGUUCCAGGCGACGCCCUGCCCGAAGGAACCGAACAAGGAAAUGAUCAACGACGGUGCCUGUUGGACCAUCAUUUCCACCGACAAGGCUGAAUAUCAAUUCUACGAAGGAAUGGGUCCCGUCCGAACGCCGGUUACCCCAGUGCCAAUAGUCAAUUCGUUACACCUGAAUGGCGGUGCUGACGUGGCGAUGCUGGAAAUCACGGGCGAUAAUUUCACUCCGUCACUGCAGGCGUGGUUCGGCGAUGUGGAAGCAGAAACCAUGUACCGGUGUGCGGAAUCGUUGCUCUGUGUUGUGCCGGAUAUCUCACAGUUCCGCGGCGAGUGGUCAUGGGUUCGGCAACCCACGCAAGUGCCUAUCUCGCUGGUACGCAACGACGGUAUCAUCUACGCCACGGGACUAACCUUCACGUACACCCCAGAACCGGGACCUCGGCAACCGUGUUCCGCGGCGGAAGACGUUCUGCGGCGGGCCGCAAGUGCAAACAACAAUAGCAACAAUAACAACAGCAGCGGAAACAGUGCAACAUCUGCGGGCGGUGGAAUCGGCUCCGGCGGCUCGUUGCCACCAAUCUCAGACGUGGCCUGGAGCUCACAUGGUGGAGGAAUACCGUAAGAUAAUCGCUUUUUAUUAAUGCAUAAUGUUUUUUUUUCGGAGGGUUAAAAGUAUAUAUUUAUUAUGUUUUGGUCGAAUCGAUUCGUAUGAGAAUUACCUACCUUAUACAUAUUUGCUAAUUUAUACACAGUAUUUUUAACGAGUCGAAACGAGAAUCCCGAAUGUGAGACAGCAGUGUGUAAUCUCAACUUUUAUUCCUACUACAAAAAAAACAACAAGAACAACACAGACUUAGGCCAAUGAACAAAUUGCUAUAUAUGCAUAAAUGUGUGCAGGAAGUCACAACAAACACGUUCUACAUACUUUUCCUAAGAUCUUCUCUCGUUUCGUAGAGAAGAAUGUAGACUAUCAUUUCCUACUCUAUUUUAAGGAAAGUCGUAUUUUGACAGAUUUUUUUGUAAGAGAAUUACUAUUUUUAAGAUGAGAGAUUACGUGAUUAAUCACAGACAGACAUUGAAAAAAGUGAUAUAUGCAGGUUUUAAAGAAUAAAAACAAAGUAUUUAACGUAAAA